UCUUGUUCGUGUGCGUGCGUCGUACAGAACGGUUGCCGGCGUUGGCGAGAGGCGCGUCGACGGCUUUGAACCACGGUAUAUGCGCGCGAGGACGGCAAACUCAAUUUUUCCCUCACAUCAACGAAAGCGGACGAAGACAUCGACCUCAUUCCCCCUAUCCAUCCAAAAUCACGAUGUCUGACGCUGGAGAUGACAUUCCCGUCGAGGAGGUGACCGUCGAGGCCGAGCCGGUGUCUGACGCUCCCAAGGGCAAGCUUUCCGUCGAGGACGCUCUUCAGCAAGUUCUGAAGAACGCGCUCAAGCACGACGGCCUCGCUCGCGGUCUCCGCGAGUGUGCCAAGGCUCUCGACAAGCGCCAGGCCCACCUCUGCGUGCUCGUCGAGACCUGCACGGAGGCUGAGUACAUCAAGCUCAUUGAGGCCCUCUGCGCGGAGCACAAGAUCAACCUCAUCAAGGUCGGUGACGCCAAGAUCCUCGGUACCUGGGCCGGUCUCUGCAAGAUCGACCGUGAAGGUAACCCGCGCAAGGUCGUCGGCUGCUCUUGCGUUGUCGUCAAGGACUACGGUACCGAGAGCGAGGGUCUCAACGUUCUUCUUGACUACUUCAAGAACCGGUAAAAGGUCAUCGCCGCCCUUGUUGUAGCCGUAGCUUUCUUGUACUCUGGUAAAAUGAAAUGCACGCAGCACGACAGCGCUGUGAAUUGUAAUCGAGCGGAU